GGGCGCGUGCGCAGUACGAGGCCCGAGGUCCGGGACGCGGCGCGAGCUCCGCAGCCAGCAGCGAGCGCAGCCCUGGCGAAGGCGGGGAAGAGGCAGCGCAUCAUCGGAGCGGCGGCGGCUGUCAUCCUUCUUCCCUUAUUUUUUUUAUUUUUUUGCAAAGGCCCGGCUGUGCAGUGAAUGCUCCGGUGCUGCGUUGCCUUUCGCUGCACGGCAUUGCUCUCCGGAGCCUCGGGCCUUCCUGCAGCAACCUCCCUCCGCCACCUUUUCCUUUCCUCCCAGGGAGCAACGCCCCCAUCGAUUUUCCAACCCAUUCCACGUCAUUUAUUUAUUUAUUCAUUUAUUUAUUUAUAGUUAUUAUUUGAAACCCCCAGCGAAGUGGCCCCCUGGAUUGCACACGCCUACCCCCUCCGCCCCCCCCCCAAGCAGCAGAGUCCUCCGUGCAUGCUUCUUCCCAUUCCCUGCCGAAGCUGCUGGACCUUUCCCCGUUACCACCAACCAUGUCCCCCACGGCUUGCAACGUUGCAUUCCGUCUCCAGCUGUGAACGCCCCUUCCCGCUCCUCCUCCUUGCACGCCCACCUUCCUUGCAUUGGCGCCCGAAGGUGAAGGAGCAGCGCCCCCAACCUGGGGCUGCAUUGAUCCCUGCCAGUUCUUGGGUCUAGCCUUUCCACGCCUUCGGAGCUGUAGCUUGCAGAGCAUCAGUUAUCAUUCUUCUUAUUGGGUCCAUACAGCACCUGCCUACCCCCCCCUUCCUUCCAUCACCCCAGUUUCCUUACCCCACCAAAUAGACCUCCUUUUGCUCUGAGCCCUUUUGCCCAACAGAGCCUUAGUCCUGCCCCAGCGCACCCAGGUUUCCUUAUGCACCAGGAUCCUGUGGUUUCCUUUUCUUACUUUGGUAACUGUUUUUUAGCCAGACAAGCCAAGAUUGCAUCUUGGACUUGCAAGGCUGCUCCUCCUUCGCAGCAUCGGUGAAAGCUCCCGCUUGGAGAGCAAGGCGUGCAAAGCCACCCCAAGGUGCUGCUUGCCCUGUUCUGUGCUGCUCGGCACCGCCUUAGCCCUCUGAGGUGCUGCAUCCCUUCCCCUACGUCGCCAUGAGCUUCUUUGGGUUUGGACAGAGUGCGGAUCUGGAAUUGGUCCUGAGCGAUGCAGAGAGCAGGCGCCGGGCAGAGCAUAAGACCGAGGAGGGCAAGAAGGAGAAAUAUUUCCUCUUCUAUGAUGGUGAGACGGUUUCGGGGAGGGUCAUCCUCACCCUCAAGCAUCCAAACAAACGGCUGGAGCACCAGGGCAUCAAGGUGGAGUUCAUUGGGCAGAUCGAGCUAUAUUACGACCGAGGGAACCACCAUGAAUUCGUGUCACUUGUGAAGGACUUGGCCCGCCCUGGAGAGUUCACCCAGUCACAGACCUUUGAUUUUGAAUUCACACAUGUGGAGAAACCGUACGAAUCCUACACGGGGCAGAACGUGAAGCUGAGAUACUUCCUCCGGGCCACCGUGAGCCGCAGACUGAACGACGUGGUGAAGGAGAUGGACAUUGUUGUACACACGCUUAGCACGUACCCAGAACUUAAUUCCUCCAUCAAGAUGGAGGUGGGCAUUGAAGAUUGCCUACAUAUUGAGUUUGAGUACAAUAAAUCCAAGUACCAUUUAAAAGACGUGAUCGUUGGGAAGAUCUACUUCCUCCUUGUGCGGAUCAAGAUCAAGCACAUGGAGAUCGACAUCAUCAAGAGGGAGACUACGGGGACUGGCCCUAAUGUUUACCAUGAAAACGAUACAAUAGCUAAAUAUGAGAUCAUGGAUGGGGCACCUGUUAGAGGGGAGUCCAUUCCCAUCAGGCUCUUCCUCGCUGGCUACGAACUGACGCCGACCAUGAGGGACAUCAAUAAGAAGUUCUCGGUGCGCUACUAUCUCAACCUCGUGCUGAUUGACGAGGAGGAGCGGCGCUAUUUUAAACAGCAGGAGGUGGUGUUAUGGCGCAAAGGCGACAUUGUGAGAAAGAGCAUGUCCCACCAAGCUGCCAUUGCCUCUCAGCGGUUUGAAGGCACGUCCUCCCAGACGGAGAGCAGAACGCCCAGCCAGCCUUCAGAGAACAACGGCCGGCAGUGAAGGGGUUGCAGGAUGAGGGGUUCCAAAGCGCUUCCGUGGUCAAGGCUUGAAGACGUCGACGAGGAAGGAGAACGCAGAACGGAUCUUUCACCAGAGACUUGCGAACACAAAUUAUCUUGUCAGGUUGUGUGUGUGUGUGUUUUCUUCAUUUUUCCUUGUUCCUUUCCCCCUGAGGACUAGCAACUUAACGGAAUGGGGAGGGAGCCAACGGACGCGACAGCGGCAAGGUUUGCCUCCCUCUGCAUUCAAAUAUUCCUUGGGGGUGGGGUGGGGAGCUCGAUCAGUGGCUUUAGAAGGCAUGAUGAAGGGAAGGGUGGCUGGUGAAAAGGGUGGCUGUGUUCUGACAUGAUGCUAAAAGCAUUGCCCCCCCCAAAAAAUGUAAAGACACCCCCAUCGAUUUUACUGUACAUUUGGUGUUUUUUAUUUUAUUUUAAGAGCUCUCUAUUUUCUCUUCCUCAGUGGCAUUAUUCAUAUGUGUACAUAAGUAGAGGCUCAUUUAGCAUUCAAGUGUAAUAAUAAUAAUAAUUUCCCCAGCAUUUCCUAAACUCCUAAAAGCUGAUGGGACACUUUCUUUCCCAAAUUAAAAUUUGGGAGUCUCGCUUCAUUCUUGCACCCAAACUGCUUUUACUUUUUAAGGUAAAUCGUAUAUCCCUGGGUGGAGUCUGUGUUCUGAGCACAGCUCCUGCUUAGAAGGAAGCAGGCGCAGAACAGCAUCUCUUGCAGACAUACACAGCGGACAGCCUCUUCUGAAGGCAGGCAUAGGAAGAUCAGCACUGGCUGUGAUUUGAAUGACUGACUGGAGAGGUGGGGCUGGUAAAUCGCGCAGAGAGGCGACAGGGAGCCUCUUGGGCUAGGUCGGUGCAGUGGGCUCCUGGUAGCAUGGCCCUCCAAUGUCAUUGAAUUCCAAUUCCUUAUCAGUCCGAGGCGGUAUUGAUAAGGGGCAGGAUUGAUGGACAUUGUGGUCCAGUAACAUUUGGAGGGCCAAAGGUCCCCCACAGUAACAUUUGGAGGGCCACGGGUCCCCCACAUGAUUGUGACAUGGGAAUUGUUUUUUACCCUCCGUUUUUCGAGUUUCUUUCUCGAACUGGGGGAAAAACGACACUGUUUUCACCGAGCCAGAUGUGUGGUUUUGAGACUUCCUUUGUUUUCAACGAAGGGAAAAUUGGAGUGUGAGGAGGAAAGCUGCACUUUCGGGGCCUUAAAAAAAGAAAAGAAAAAAGGAUGCAGUGAGGAAGGAAAACACACACACCCUGUUUCUGUUUUUGCCCACUUUAAAACAUACCCUCCCCAAUAGCAUUCUCCUAUUUCCCAAGCUGUCCUCAUGCACUCUGUUGCUAUUCCAAAAGUUGUUGGAACAGCACAGCCCAUUCCCAAACUGUGUUCCGUGAGGGGGAAAACCCUAAGGACCUGGUACUUUCUGUAUGUCCAUUUCUUACCGCUGAGGUGACCCACACUCUUUCAUAUCCUAAAAGCGAACCUUCGGGGAGGUGGAAUGGCAAGCUGCGUCUAGAAGUGUGUCCCUUAGGAUUAGAUAUUUGGAAAGCCCUGAUGAAUUGGGCUGCUUGUUCCUAAGUGUGCUGGGCGCACCUGCUCUUGGACAUCUUUCCCCAUAUCCUAUAAAAGACCACACACACACUGCAGCCAAAGCUUCAUCUCCCCACCCCCACCCCAAAAAGCCUGAUGUAAGCUUAAAGUUUAUCUGAACACUUCAAAUGUACAGAGUUAAAUAGAUGUGUCUUGUUCUGUAAGCAUGAGUUGGUUUUAUUCGUCUUCACCAUUGAGAUUGACUAAGGGGAACAAACAGUCGCUUUCUUCCCUGCCAGCCCAUUUUGUGAUAAAUAUGCACUUUCUUCUGUAGAGGUGGGCGUAAGACUGAAUGUCACCUCAAAAUACUCAGCAAUUUGUUGGUUGGGUUGCUCCCCCUUUAAAACAAACCAUUUACCUGUAAUUUAAUAUUACCUGUAAUUUAAUUUCUCUGAUUUGCCUUCUGACUUCAGCACUUUUAGGAAUGUUUCUUUUAAGCUUCUCCCCUCUUUAUUUUCCUUCCGUGAAUCAAUGAGAACUAGAAACUUGAGCACCACAGCUGCUCCCUCAACAAAAAUGAAAUCUACUUGCAGUUCUAACAGAUUCCUGGGACCAAGCAAAUGUUUUGUUUUUAAGACACCCACACCUUCAUUCGGUUUCUUAAUCAGUAGGAUAUAUCUAUGCAGAGAUUCCACCAGAUCUCUGUAAAAGCACCAGAGGACAUGACAAUUGUCAGCUUUUAUUUUAGAAGAGAGACACGUGGGCAGCUCGUGUGCAUGCGAUGGCUAAAAAUGUGUAGGCUAUGCCUGAUGAAAUUUCAGAAGGCAGAGGGGCUACUUGAAUGAAAUUUCUGGUGGCCUGCGUGUGUCUUUCCCUGUGACUAUCAAAGUGAUUAAAGUGCAUUUUUUUAACAGCUUGUAAAAUAAAUUGCACAGAAUUGUCUUAAAUUUGCAAAAUUGGUGUGGUGCAGGGUACGUGAUUUCAGUUUUCUCAGUUGUCCUUAUGCAGAACUCCCACCUUUCAUAGAAUUAAAGAACUGUAGAGUUGGAAGGGAUACUAAUGGUCAUCUGAACCAUGUUUGAAUUGAAAACACCCCCACCUAUUUGGAAAGACAGUUCUCUGAAUAAUCCAGCUUUUACAUGAGGGAUGGGGGACCUGUAACCCUCCAGAUGUUUCUGGACUACAACUGCCAUCAUCCCUAACUCUUGACCAUGCUGAGCAGGGCUUAUGGGGGUUGGAGUCCCCAAGCAAUGGGAACCUGUGCCUUUUCCAAAUGUUGUCGGGACUCUAAAUCACAACAUCCUUUACUAUUGGUCAUGCUAGCUGGGGCUGAUGGGAGCUGGAGUUCAGCAACAUCUGGAGGGCCACAGCCAAGCUGGCCAUUACUGGAAAGCUUUUUCUCCCAGUUGCUUUGCGACCCAUGGAGGGAGAGUUCAAGGAUUGUGUGUUGCUUGUGGGGGUGGGGGAAGAAUACAAUGCCUUCUGUAAAGUGUAGGUAGAUAUUGCAGUCCUGCUUGAGCAUAAAGCCAUAUUCUCUGGCAGGCUGUAUUCUGAAGAAUACAACUGCAAAUGUAUUUUUAAACAGGGGCUGUGCCCUUACUCACUUAACCUGCCAACCUUCCUCCCCUCCCUUUACACCUCACCAAAAAAAUCCCGCCUCUCCAUGGCUCAUCUGGGCCACCCACUGCCCAAGUAUCCACCCUCUGAUUCCUUCACCUUGCCUGGGCUGCUGGAAUCACUACCCUCCAGUUUCCCCCCCCCCUUUUGCCUGAGCAGCUUGUCAACACUGUCAUUUUCAUCGCCAUCUGGCUGUAGCCAAGAGAACUCUAGCGUGAUGACAUUCUUUCAUUUUUUUAUAUUGCAGAGAUACAGAAUCUGGUACUAGCUAGUGGGACCCGUGCAAAUAACAACAUCUUUAUGAGACAGGUCACUAUUAAUCCCCAUUUGGACAGAUUGGGAAUGAAAACUAUAUGCCUAGGAUAGCCAAUUUGGUCCCCUCUGGGUGUGGCUAAACUUUUUAUUUCCCGUCAACCCUAGCCAGCAUGGCCAAUAAGUGGAUCACAUGUUGGAGCAAAGAUUUCAAAGCCAAUUAUCUUAUGUCACAGAGACAGGAAACCAAUGCUCUGACAGCUGUACCUAAUGGGGACAUUCCCCCCUUCUCAAGUUUUUUUGUUGUUGCUAAUGCUUGCCAUCUACUACUCUGAAGGUUUUAGAAUCACACAAACACGUCGCUAGGUUGGCAGAGAACCUGUGGCUCCCCCCAGAUGUUGCUGAACUACUCGUCCCAUCAACAUCUGGAGGACCAAAGGUUCCCUCUCCCAGAGCUUGGGAGUCCUACAUUAAGUGGGGAAAGAACUGGCAUCUCACAUAUGAAGGCCAAGGAUGCUCCACCAAGAAGAAGCCAGGCUGAAACAAAACACCAAAUGCGUUGGGUCCACAAAGGGGAGAGAUGAUACUUUGGCUCUCACCGCAAAGCAGGCUGGGUGCUCCUCCUAAGUUUACGCCACCCCUCAUUCAUGUGUGCAACAGUUCCU